GCACCAUCUACAAAGUGAGCGCUCUGCACGCCAUCAUCGUCAUGGGCCUGGUCCUCUCCUCGCAGAAAGACAGCAUGUCUACACAGACCAUCACAAUCUUCAACAAGUUUCUGCAAGUGGUCAUCUUCACACUGACCAGUGGCACGUGUGUGACCGCGGGCAUCUUAAUCACCAAUCGCGUCUUCCCGGACAUCUCCAUCAAUGACGUCAUCACCAGCAUUAUUAUCUACGCCAUUAUGAUGGCCGUCAGCUGUUUAUCCUGACAGUGCUGCAGAUACUCCUGUCCUUCAUCGUGAACACACCGGUCGCAGCCCUGAUUAUGCUCUACAAUAGCAAAUACAGCGUGGCAAAUGAGAAGGCGAUCAUGAUAGAGAGAUCUGCUCGCUUUCUCGUCAGCCUCAAAUGUUCCCUGGUGCAUUCUCUCAAGAGCUCUGUAGUAUUGAGACCAAAAUGAUCUACAUCAAGAGCUUCCCGCCAAGCGUGCCACCCCUGGACACCCUCAGCAUCGUCAGGAACAUACCCUGGGUGGACGGGGAUGAGGCGCUGCUCAAUUUUCUGGCGAGAGCUGGAAAGGCCAUGGUCUUCUCACCACGUGACGUCAUUGUGACACAGGGUCACAUGCCCACUGGGAUCUUCAUCAUCCUCUACGGUUUAGUUCGGGUGGAAAAGGUCGUGAACUCUUACCUCUUUGCGCCAAGACCGUACAAACCAGUGUCCUACUACUGCUCGGGUUCCCAGAACGAUGGAAAUAUGGGGGAGAAGACAGAGCUGGUGGACGUGUACGGACGAGGAGGGAUCAUAGGCGAGAUGUCUGUGCUCACAGGAAGGCCCGGGCACAAGACUUUUGUAUGUGCCACUCACGUCGAGGCGCUGUUUGUCGGGUAUCGUGACGUCAUCAAGAAGCUGGGCCACUACCCAAGCGCCAAGUCUGCUCUCAGUACGCUGGAAAAGCGGAUGUGGAAGAAGGUGGCCAUACGAGAAUCGGUCAGGAUUAUUCUCAGUGACAUCUCAAAUCACGCUUCGCAAAGGCUUACUACAGCCAGGCACAGUAUGUAGGACCGUGCAUCAUUCCUUACUAUGUACAGAGACUGGUUUCACAGCCGGAGAAAGGCCCCCGUGUCAUCUUCCUGGUAGUACGCAACACCAUGAUGGAAGACGGCAACCUGUUCCUGUCCCCGGCUCAAGAGGAGAGGCUGAUGUUCGACUCCAGCUCCCAGGCCGGCGUGCCACCUGCGAUAGAGGACGAUCGACUGACUCUCUCCUCUGGCUCCUCUGACGGCUGCCCGGGCCGCGAGCUUAAGGCUCACUACAAGUACUGUCCUAACGUGGCGGUGAAUGUGUCCGACUUACAGGGAGGAGGGGGAGGAGGAGGAGGAGGAGGAGGGAGAUAUGAUUGGUUAGGAGGUAUAAGAUUAGGAGGAGGAGGAGGAGGAGGAGGGGGAGGAGGAGGAAGUGGAGGAGAAGGAAGAGGAGGAGCAGGAGGAGGAGGCCGAGAUGGAGGGAGAGGAGGAAGGGCAGAGGGAAUGGAAGAAGGUGUAAGACUAUAAAAGUGAAAAAAGUGGAGGAAAGGGAGGAGCAGAGAGGAAAGGGGAAUGAGUGGAAAGGGGAAAUAGUGAAAGAGUUAAAACGGGGGAAGAGUAGGAUGAGGUAGAGGAGAAUUCAGAGGAAUUGUAAGAACAGUAUCUAUAAAUUAAAGGUCACCAUCAAAAGGUUAGAUUAAUUCGGACAUAGAUUACUUGUUGGACUUGGGAGUCAAGUAGUGGAGAUUGACGAUGGGAAAGUGGUGGAGAUUUACGAUGGGAAAGUGGUGGAGAUUUACGAUGGUAAAGUGGUGGAGAUUGACGAUGGGAAAGUGGUGGAGAUUUGUGGAGAUUUACGAUGGGAAAGUGAUGGAGAUUUACGAUGGGAAAGUGGUGGAGAUUUACGAUGGGAAAGGGGGUAGAAAAAUAUAUUUUAAAUGUUGGGGCAUAAAUAGAGCGCUACCUGAGCAUUGCAAAAUUCUGUCUGACAUUUUUGGUCGUUUUGAGUUACUAAGACCAAGAGGUCAGAAAUCAAAUUCUCUAUCUCCUACAUCUAAAUUGUAAAAGAUUGUUCGGAGACGUUGUCAAAAUAUUCAAAGAAUUGCAUUCCA